UAACGCAAACGUCAACGUAAUCCAAACGCAAUUUGACUACUUGUACAUUGAGUAUGUUGAAAAUGUCAGGUUAAUUUAACCAUCAAAGAUCCCUGCCUGGUCAGAGGUUUGUACGCAUGCUGCAAUACGAACAUUGCUGACUACUCGCCUGAAUUUGUAUCACUGAGUUAGUGACUCCUGUACCAACUAUUCACUACAGCUGGUGCCUUUGAUCAAUAACAUGUUCUCCUUGUCAUUAUCUUAGGACAUUCCGGUGGGGUAAAAUGUUUCUAGUGGUCUAGCUAUCAAAAUUCAUGGUUCACAUAUGACAAGGGAGCUUGCAAUGUAUUCAACAGGGAGUAGUAAACCGACGUGUGUAGUUGUUGAUAUACAUACGGGGAUGUAAAAAUUUGAUUGAGUAGACAUUUUACCAGCGGUCACAUCUUCUUUAAUAAUUAAUUAAGUUAACUUAAUAAAAAGUUGCAUGUGCACUAACUCGGUUAGAGUUGGUAACCAAUGUCUCGCGGUUAUGUUUAUAUAAAUCCUGCAUACUUUUUCCAUAGUUGCAUGCUUAUCUUCUUCGUCUGUGACAUGCUCAGCCAAUACAAAUGAAGCAAAGAACAGCUAGACAUCAUGCUCACUCUGACCUUUGAACUGGAAGUCGAUCUUUUUUGUGCCGUCACUCUCUCAAUCGUGUAUGUAACGUGUAAACGGUACUACCCCUUUCCAUCACUCUCUCGCAGCAUCACUACGUCAGCACGAAUUGACAUGCGACACAAGCGACGAGCAAACCCCGACGACAGUCGACUCCGUGCACGAAGCAAAGAAUGACGGAUCGUGCUCUCCUCGUCGCGACUCGCGCCCUACUCAUUGCGACGUGCGUCGCCCUACAUCCAAUGGCCUACACGGGCCGCCCGUACGGACAACUGGUCGCACUCGCAAGUGACAGCGCCGACACCGUCGCACUGGUGACGGUCCAAACGGACGGAAUGGCGUACAUCCACUGGAACAAAACGUUUCCGGACGAUUUCCUCACGAGUGUGUGCCAAUUCGGAUUCGACAUCGAAAACAGUAUCAUCUAUUUGCCGUCGAUGUAUGAAGUGCUCGGUCUCGAUGCGGGAUCCGGUCGCGCUCUGGUGAGCUACUACACACACCAUCUCGUCUACUUCUACAGCUUCAAUUACGACUACGUGAAUAAGUCGGUCAAAGGUAUCUGCUCGGGUAAUAGUAGUUUCAAUUGGUGUAGCAUGCAAGUGCGAGGCGAGGCGGUCGGUCGGAAUGCGUACGAGUUCAUGCUGCCGGACAUCGAAGAGCCGGAGAUGUGCAACUAUGAUGUCGAUUUCGGUAACAAUACGAUGUGGUAUCGCGUCGAUUCGCGAGUUCUAGGCGUCGAUUUGCGCACGGGAGAGCGCGUGUUCCAGGGUGUCGCUCCCGCGCGCUGCAUUGCGCAUGAUCGCAAAACCGGCAAGGUGUUCGGCGUUGUGUCGAAUGGUACUCGACGAAUGAGUGUAAUCGAAAUCGGAGCGAGAGGCAACAAUACGAACGUCACGAACUUGCCCGACGGUUAUCAUCUGGAGUCGCCCGGCCUUUGCGAAGUACACGCCGAGAGUCGGUCGAUGUUUCUCAUUAUGAUGAAGAACGUGUCGGUUGUGAGCGACGACGUCUACUUGUGGGCUCUAUUCAAACUCAAUCUGACCAGUUUGCACAUCGAUAUCACUCCGGUUGAGAGACUGAUGGCCCCGGACGGCAGCGAUAAGCAACUGAAACUAACGCACUUCGUGUUUUUUGACGAGCACGUGUGAGCGUGGAUACUUACGAGAUGCGAAAUUACUAGAAUUAGAUUAGUUUGACGGCUAUAGCGUGCAGGCAACAUUACUAUUGGUAUUUUCUAUUGGCGAGUAAUAAAGUGGGUGCGGUGCGGUGUCCUUUGCUGACGGUCACUAGAGUGUACACUUGUCUGGCGUGCUCAUGCACGGAGGUCACAUUUGAAGUAGCUGCAUGCUGCGUCUGAUGUAGACUGGGCACGCAU